CUCAGCAGAGAUGAGUGAAGGAUAGAGCUGCACUCACAGGAAGCCACGUGCCCUUCAAAGGCACCUGUCCUUCUUAGCACUGUACUUCUCCAGCAAGCCUGACACUGCCUCACAGACCUUCCUCAGAGCCACUCAGCAAGGCAAGCUUCUGCGGAUUGGGCCCAGGCCUGCCCUGAGGAGUCCGUAGAUUUAAAAAAAUGAACCCCACGGAUAUAACAGACACCACCCUGGAUGAAAGCAUGUAUAACAAUUAUUAUCUCUUCGAGAAUAUCCCCAAGCCUUGCACCAAAGAAGGCAUCAAGGCAUUUGGGGAGCUCUUCCUGCCCCCUCUUUACUUCUUGGUCUUUCUGUUUGGUCUGCUUGGAAAUUCAGUGGUGGUUCUGGUUUUGAUCAAGUUCAAGCGGCUCAAGUCCAUGACUGACGUGUACCUGCUCAACCUUGCCAUCUCUGACCUGCUCUUCGUGUUCUCCCUCCCUUUCUGGGGCUACUACGCUGCCGACCAGUGGGUGUUUGGACUGGGUCUGUGCAAGGUUAUCUCCUGGAUGUACUUGGUGGGCUUUUACAGUGGCAUAUUCUUCAUCAUGCUCAUGAGCAUUGACAGGUAUCUGGCAAUUGUGCACGCCGUGUUUUCCUUGAGAGCGAGGACCUUGACUUAUGGGGUCAUCACCAGCUUGGCCACAUGGUCAGUGGCCAUACUAGCCUCACUCCCAGGCCUCAUAUUCAGCACUUGUUAUACUGAGCGCAACCACACCUACUGCAAGACCAAGUACUCUUUCAACUCCACGACGUGGAAGGUGCUGAGCUCCCUAGAGAUCAACAUUCUGGGGCUGGCUGUGCCCUUGGGGAUCAUGCUGUUCUGCUACUCCAUGAUCAUCAGGACCCUGCAGCACUGUAAAAAUGAGAAGAAGAACCGGGCUGUGAAGAUGAUCUUCGCCGUGGUGGUCCUCUUCCUUGGGUUCUGGACACCUUACAACGUAGUGCUCUUCUUGGAGACCUUGGUGGAGCUCGACAUCCUUCAGGACUGCGCCUUUGAAAGACAUCUGGACUAUGCCAUCCAGGCCACAGAAACCCUGGCUUUCGUUCACUGCUGCCUUAACCCGGUCAUCUACUUUUUUCUGGGGGAGAAAUUUCGGAAGUACAUCAUUCAGCUCCUCAAAACCUGCAGGGGCCCUUUUGUACUCUGCCAAUACUGUGGGCUCCUCCAAAUUUACUCCGCUGAGACCCCCAGCUCAUCAUACACACAGUCCACCGUGGACCACGACCUUCAUGAUGCCCUGUGACAAACGAGAAUGCGAGCACCAGAGCUAAAAAAAAGGACUUCCCAAAUGAAGAGCUUAUCUUAAAGUAGUAUUUCAUUAAGAGUUCAGGAAGAAAGCUUACAUCCAGAGUGGAAAGUUGACUUCUCACCCCGAAGUUAGCUAUCCCUUCCCCUGGGCAAUUCCAGCCUGGCCAGAGUUCACCUGGACUGAGGCAUCCUGCCACCCAUUGGGCUUGCCUGUGGGGAUGAGUAAGUUGGAGAAGAAUUCUGAGUAGUGUUUCAAUGGGGUGACAGAUAAUAUCGAAGGGGAAAGGUCAUUUCCUUCUAACUUGAACUGAUGGGGUUCUCCAGAGGGGGCUGUAGAGAAUUGGCCGAUGGAGUACAUUGCUACCCUCCUGCUGUGAAAAAUAGCCCUGGAAUUAAUCUCUGCUUUUGUGAAAUAACAUAUAGACAAUUUUGACUUGCCGCCCCACCAGAACUUCCCUAACAAUAUACUUGAGGUGUGGUAGAGGACAUGAAGUCAGGUAUAUGCAGGAAGAUUUAGUACUGAACCUAGAUCUUCAUGCGUUUAUUGUAAAGGGUUCUUUGUAAAUUGAAGCCAAACAUUUCAUGCUGAUGACAAGCGUGAGGACUUGAAGGCGUUAGCAGGCCUGACUUCCAGUCACGAACAGACAAGGCAUUCCCAAUGCAAACAUACUUGUGGAAAUUCAAACACAGUUUUAUUUGCUUGUGGGUAUGUUUUGUUUUAAUUAUAACAGGCAAGUAUUUAAAUUUCAAAAAGAAGACAUAGGUCCCCCAAAACACUUUUGGGGUCUUUUAAUUGUUUACAAACAGGCCUUCAAAAUUAAAAAUAAGGAGGUUUUUUUUUUAGAUAAUGUCUGAUGAUGCCUCCUUAGUCAUUUUGAAGGGCAUGCCACCAACUGAGCUUAGAGUGAUCAACUACAAGUUACGCUGAUGUGGCAUAAAAAUGACUGUCAAAAAAUUAUGAAACCGUAAAAAGUGUCAUUCUCUCUUGGAACUAUUGGCCUCGGUUUUUAACUUUUGGAUGACUCAAAAUUCUUGUCAGUCAUUUCAGUAAACUGAUUAACCAUUUUACACCAUUAAGAUAAAUUACUGCCUCCAUCUUUACAGCCUUAGUUACUCAGGACUGAGCAGAGACGCCCACAAAGUCUGGAGAGACCUCUCAUCCCUCAGAAAGCAAAAACCUAUUUUGCAAGCUACUGACUGAGUUAAUCAGUUUAAGAGGCUUCUGUAAGUUUACACAUUAUUGCACCUGCUAUGUUAAAGAACGCAUUUCCAGAAAAUUUAUUUUCAGGAGAGUGAUUUUAAAAGGGAAAGUUGAUGUUGCCUUUACAGAAACAAAAUAAACUUGUCUUGUUUUUUUUUUUUAAUUGUCCCAUGCAGCCUUUUUUCCUUAUCCUGUUUUCGCUUCGAUCUCUUGAUACGGAUGGGAACCCGAGCUGCCGAUAUUCCCAUUGCUUUGCCACUGGCUGUGGGUGUCAUGGGCUUGCCCAAGGGGAGGAGUCAAAGGGUCCACUGCUAAGAUCUGUACUUGGGGUAGGGAAAGGAGCUGUUACUUGGUAGUAGUGCACUUGGAGACAAGUGUGGGAAAGAAGUUAAGGGCAGACGAGGAUCCUGGGCAGCGUCUCCUUAGAAAACUUCUGCGUGGUAUGUUAAAAAAAAAAAAAUCUUUUUUUUUUUUUUUAGGACCUGCCAAAUUCUACAUAUAUUAGCACCUAGAGUUCAGAGUGAUUAAAAAAAUAAAAAAGAUGAUUCAUGCAAAACGCCUUUGUUCCUGGGUCAGAGAUAAAGGGUGGUUUUGGAUCUGCUGGAUGAGGGACUACCUUCCCUUUCCUGGUAAAGCCUGUUGCUUUAUUCAUUUAAUCACAGAGAGAAAUUUCAGGACACCAAGAGACCAAGACUGGCUAAAGAAGUUAAAAGAACAAAACAAAACAAACCACCCGUAGCCAUGGUGUUGAUUCCUACACGUGACAACUCAGUGGGUAUCAAAGUAGAACUGUGCUCCACAGGGUUUCUUUUUAAAAUUUUUUUUUAUUGUGCUUUAAGUGAAAGUUGAUAAAUCAAGUCAGUCUCUCGUACAAAAACUUAUACACACCUUGGUAUGUACUCCUCGCUGCUCUCCCCCUAGUGAGACAGCACACUCCUCCUCUCCACCCUGUAUUUCCUGUGUCCAUUCAGCUAGCUUCUGUCCCCCUCUGCCUUCUUAUCUUGCCUCCAAACAGGAGUUGCCCACAUAGUCUCAUGUGUCUACUUGAGCCAAGAAGCUUACUACUCACCAGGAUCAUUUUCUAUCUUAUAGUCCAGUCCAAUCCCUGUCAGAAGAGUUGGCUUUGGAAAUGGUUCCAGUCUUGAGCUAACAGAUGGUCUGGGGACCACGACCUCCAGGGUCCCUCUAGUCUCAGUCACACCAUUAAGUCUGAUCUUUUUACAAGAAUUUGAGGUCUGCAUCCCAUUGUUCUCUGCUCCAUCAGGGAUUCUCUGUUGUGUUCCCUGUCUGGGCAGUCAUUGGUGGUAGCUGGGCACCAUCUAGUUCUUCCAGUCUCAGGCUGAUAUAGUCUCUGGUUUAUGUGGCCCUUUCUGUCUCUUGGGCUCAUAUUUACCUUGUGUCUUUGGUGUUCUUCAUUCUCCUUUGCUCCAGGUGGGUUAAAACCAAU